AGAUGUUGGAGACACUUUUAUUAAAUUGUCAGAUACGAUAUGGCCCUUCCAAGUUCUAGUCGGUUCUAGUAUGUAUAUUCUAAGGACGCAACAAGAUGUCAACAAGGUUAUUGGGGUUAUGUUUGAGAGAUUAUUUUGAAAGAUUAUAAAAUUGCGUGACUAUAAAAUCUGCAAAUUUGCAUCAAAAUGAGGUGCUGUGUGCCUGGAUGUGGGCAGUAUAGUCAAAAGGGUAUUUCAUUUCAUAGAUUUCCACAGAGAGACAAAAAGGUAUCUCAAUUGUGGGUUGAUCAAAUACAUGCGUAUUUGGACAAACAUAACUGUGAACGUGGAAGAUUAAAACAGAAUAAACUAUCUGUUUUGUGUUCAAACCAUUUUGUUGAGAGUGACUACUUUAUUACAGCAUGCAACCGUACAUUAAAAUUUACAUCGUAUCCUUCUGUCUUUUCGUGUGAUCCCAAUGCUCCGAAAGUACGGCGUAAAUCAAGCUCUGAAACACCUGCACCGCCUGCACCUCAAUUGCGCUACAUUCUUCCAAAAGUGAAGAUCGAUGAACUGGAAUGUACAAAAAUAAUGGCCACAGAAUACGAAGAAGAAAACAAAGAGGAUAACUUCGGGGAAUACACCACGCUAGGAUUUACGCCGCAGGAAUCAGAAGAAAUAUUUAAGCCGCAGGGGUCAGAAGAAAUAUUUACAUGGCAGAUACCUCAUCCUACGGGCAACUCCGGCGAAUACGCCGCACUGGGAUUUACGCCGCAGGAGUCAGAAGAGAUAUUUACGCCACAGGAAUCAGAAGAAAUAUCUACGCCCCAGGAAUCAGAAGAAAUAUUUACGCCACAGGAGUCAGAAGAAAUAUUUACUUCGCAGGAGUCAGAAGAAAUAUUUACGCCGCAGGAGUCAGAAGAAAUAGAAGAAGUGGAAGGAAUUUUCCCGCAACUCUGUUUCAUACCUUUAGGUUAUAUUACUAUUAUGUAGAGUCCUAUAUUUAUUAGAUUUAUAAGAGAAGCGCGACUGGUAUUAAGUGUUCUGAUUGGUCAUUGCAAUCACAUGAUUAGUAGCUAAUCAUGAACUAAUUUCUGUGUAUUAAAAUGGCUUCUUAAUGGAUUUUAUAAUCCGUCUUGUAAACGACGCCAUUUUUAAUACUUACAUUAAAAUUACUUUUGUGAUAUUGACAUAAAUCGGUCACACUUUUCUUAUAAAUCUAGGGGUGCGGUCCACUUAAUGCUACAAAUGCUUCGAAGCAUUUUUUAAUUGGUCAAUUGGUAAAAUUCUUUCGAUUGGUCAAUCAAAAGCUUCGAAGCAUUUAUAGCGCCAAGUGGACUCUAGAACUCUAGUAUUGUGUUAGGCUAGGUUCACAACCUUGCUUUAAGAGGCUGUAAGUCCGCAAACAUAAUAGAGUAGCAAGCUUUAUGUUUUAAGAAAUUGACCAAUCAUGGUCGAUUAUUUUUCUCACAUUCGACUGUGAUUGAUCAAUUUUUUAAGGCUUACUACUCUAUUGUAUUUGCGGACUAAGCCGUAAAGCCGUAAGAAAUUAACCAACCGCAAUCGAUUAUUUUUCUCAUAUUCAACUGUGAUUGGUCAAUUUCUUAAGGCUUUACGACUUAUGGCCUCUUAAAGCAUGGUUGUGGACCUAGUCUUAUGAUUUCAGUUUCUUACUUAAUAUUAAUGAAAUUAUUAUGAGUUGAAUUUGUUACUGUAACAAGCGUCAUCAUAAAUUAUUGGGUGCAUCCAGAAGCGCAGAGCGCUUAAUGAGCUCUUGCAUCUGAUUGGCAUAUUCCAUUAGAGCUAAAAAAGUAGACCAAACAGGUACAAGAGCUCAAUGAACGGUCGUGCUUCUGGAUGCACCUAUUGGCUGCGUUCAGCAGAGAAAACCGCUCACUGAGCAAAAAAGGGAUUAAUCUAUGAUUAAUAUGUUUAUUUAUUAUAAUUCGUAAUGUAGAAUAACAUGUCUAUUAGGGUGAAGCCACAAUAGAAGGAAUAAGGAAUUAAGAAUAAGGAAUAAAGAUUUCAACCUAUCAGAUAUCGGAUACACCGGCAUACACGAUUUCUGAUAGGUUGGAAUCGUUAUUCCUUAUUCCUUUUAUUGUGGCUGCACCUUUAUAGAUAAUCAUUAAUAUCAUAUUCCUUACUUAUUUAUUUACUGUUUAUUAUUUUUCUAAUGCCGUAUUUGAGCCGUGAGGUUAUGUAACGCUCAGUGAGCGGUGAAGCAUAAUUUUAAGUCGCUAUAUUUAUAUAUAUAUAUACAUAUAGGGUGCAUCAAAAGUCUAGAAACGGUUGAAUAUCUCGAAAGCAAAGCAUUUUUGAAAAAAAUGUUUCAGACAAAAGCUGUAGGAUUUAAAAAAAUCUAUUCAUUGAUCACAUCCGAUCACAUCCGCUUGACUUU